GAGAGGAGGAUCAAAUAGACAACUUUAGAAGCUAGACGUGUGUCUUGUAAAUAUUAAAAAUCAUUGUUGAUUAUUGGAUUGGAAUUAUGCUGGAUAUAUAUAUAUAUAGUACAAGCAUUUGUUAAGGAUUAUAUAUUGGAGUGUAGUAGAGAAAAUUCGAAUACAAGAUAACAUAAUCUGGUGCUUCUUAAACUGAAAUUUAAUAAUGUGUUUAUCAAGAUGGAAUGAUUUCAUAACACUUAAACAUGAUAGCUCUGUUCCCCAUUCAACUUAUAUUUAUUUUUAGACAUAUAUAGUUGAAUUUUUAGGAGCAUGAAUAGAAACGAUGUUUAACGCUAUUCUCAGAUCUUGAGUUAAUUGCUGAAGUAAUUUCACUCCACAGCACCCAAUUAAUUGAUAGAGUUUAACAAUCUUUAUACUUUCUUCAAGAGACCAAGGAGAUACGUUAAUUUAGGGAUCCAAUUAAUUAAGAUAAUACUCUCUGACCUGCUUUCCCAAUUAGUUUUCAAAAAGUACUUUCAAACAAAAAAUAAAGCCCUUCAUAAUAAAUAAAUUAUCGUUCACAUUAGAAAUUAUACUCAAAUUUAUAAAAUAAUUUUCUGAUUUUUAAUAGCGCAAAUCAUAUCCAACUCUUUGCAAAAUGGGGUGAUUUAACCAUAAUUUAUUUUAGUUAAUUAGAUAGGAAUGUGGAAAUCAUAAAUCAUUUUAACAGACGAGUUCAACUUGCAAGAACUAUUGUAAAUUAUAAGAAACGAGCAGAG